AUGGGGGCGUUAGAUCUUUUGCCAGCUUCAACAUACAUGCCUCCAUCGCCUGGGCGGGAUCUCAGACGACGGAGGUCACUUAAUACUAUAAUGGAAGUCGACGAGGAGUCGGCACGAGGGUCUGUAAUAGAAGUGCACAGGGGUCGAGAUGUAUCUGCAAAGAAGGCAAACUGGCUUUCGCCUCUCAGCGAUCACUUCCCAACCCCCCGAGGCAAUCACUUCAUGUCCGCACCUAUCCCGCAGAGCGAUGAAUCUUCAGACGCUGGUAGCAUUUCUCCAUCUCUCGCUUCGGCACCCUGGACCCGAGAUAGUUACACCACCGAAGCUACCGAAUUCGACGAUCUCUACGAUGUUUCUUCGGAUGAAGAAGACAGGCAAAGGAAGAACGCUGCCAGACGGAACAGUGCUCGCCAGGCCACACAGUCCAAGGGAUCUUCGGCCGAUUCAAAUGCAGCUAGGAGUUCGAGAACUUUCCUACCUGCUCUUGUCAUUCCCUCUCAGGGGGCGGGAGAUCCAUGGCCAGGAGUUGCAGCUUUCAAGGCAAUGACUUCCCCGGUCCCACCUACACCACCACCUAAAGUCCCAAUGUCUCCCGCGAUCUUCAAGUACCUCCAGUCCCGGGAGGUUCCAUCAUGCUCCGCUCCACCAUCCCUGGACGGCAGCUUGACUUCCGAUCAGAUGGCCCAGAUGUCUGCUCCACCUACGCCGGAUAUUGGAAAUGGGAGCGAUGCUGACAAAGACGAAUGGGGGACAGGCGUUCAACUACAACCUGCUGCUAUGGCAACACUACAAGCGCUUUCUGGGGGAGAUUGUCUGUUCGAGCAGCAGACCGAGCAAGUCAUCGAACUGACCCACAUCACCCCAGAGGUCUCGCCCGUACGAGAGAUGCAGCAAAGUCUCCCCCCGCUCGUAACCAACAUCCACCGAAAUGACUCUAUCAUCCUCUCGCCAGAACAGCAGCGGUCACUGAAUGCCCUCACUCGACUGGAGAUUCCAUCUCCAGGGGGCUUCUUCUCCGCUCUGUCCCCUGGCGCGAAACACACUUGGCAUCUGGUAGCAUACACUCCAGAGUCAGCUCACCCGCCUUCCUCGACCACAGCGGAGCAGUUCUACAAGACUCCCUGGACGUCUACUCCUGUUGAGCGAAUUGUUGAGGUUCCGGAGACGAUGUCCGACGGUAUUCCCACGGCACGACCCAACUUGACUCAGCUCAAUUUUGCCCGGACCAUCCGCCCGGAGCUAACUCACGAGAAUUCAGACGAGACAGUCACCGGCCUGGACAUCUUCUCUCCAACGGACGAGGAAGUCAUCCCAGACGAAAUCCUCACUUACUACGCCUCCGGCCCAGCCGAGAAGUCGGAAGAUGUCGCAGUCACCAACCUCGACCGCACCACCAUGUGGCUCACAGCACAAUCCUCAUACCUCUCCGAACUCAUCAAUCCUACAGAGGAGCACGAUGACGAAGCCACUCUCCUCAAACGGGCCGCAAGCACCAGAUCGCAAUCUCAAAUCCAAACCUUCAUCGCUGCCGAAUCCGAGUCACCACCGCGCAAGACCGUCCGUUUUUCCGAGAUCGUAUCAACAUCCACCGAAUUUGACUGCCCUCUUCCCAAGAUAACGGCCCAGGAAUCCGCUUACUAUCGUGCCUUUCAAGCUAUUCUGGCCCGCUCCCACCACAGAGACACCUUCGUCCACCGUAUCCCACGCUUCGAAGCCCUCCAAGCCCAAAGAAUCUCCUUCCCCCUCGCCCACCGCGCCCAGCUCCUCGGCAAAUACCAACUCUCUGUGGUUCCAAUGUCAGCAAAGCGCCGCCUCUCCGCCAACGUUGCGCGCGGUGACGAAAUUGCGCCUGAGGAUCCCGCCAAGCUGAAACGCGACAGGGAGUACGAAGCCUCCUCGCAAAUGGCUGCCGCGAACUGGAACGUGCAAGCUCUUAAACUACUCAAUGGUGGCCGCUUGAUCGCAGCCCCGAUCGCUAAGCGACUUGCUCGCUUGUCAUCUCUAGGCCCCAAAAUAGCAGCCGACGGCACCUUGAGAGAACGAGCAAGGAUCCUAGAUCUAGGAGGUCAAGCGACGUGUGACUGGGCAUGGCACUGCGCCAGCGAGUACCCCAACACGAAAGUCUACACCAUCACCACCAAGUCCCUACGCCAACUCUCCAACUCCAACAUCCGUGGCCCGGCCAACCACCGCCACGUAGCCGUCGACCGCCUCGUCAAACUGCCCUUCAAAGACAACCAGUUCGACCUCAUCUCCGCGCGGGAGAUCUACAGCAUUUUGAGAGAGCAGGCCCCCAACGGUGAAGACGAGUGGGAGGCAUGUCUCCGGGAGUGUAUGCGCAUCCUCAAGCCAGGCGGCUACCUCGAAUUCUGCAUCAUGGACGCGGACAUCGUCCACGCCGGGCCGCGCGGGCUCGCCCGAUCCGUGGAGUUCUGCUUCCAGCUCAAGAGGCUCGGUUUCGACCCGGCGCCCAGCAAGCGCUUCCUCUCGCGCCUGAGCGCCGCGGGCUUCGUACACGUGAAAAGGGCGUGGGUGUUCCUGCCGAUGGGUCCGAAGCCGAGGGGAGGGCAGAAGGUCGAGAGAGAUAGCAGGGGCGUGGAGAGGAGGCUCGUGGAGCUGGAGGCUAUGGUGCAGGGGAGUACGGGGGAUGCGGCGAGCGUGUGUGGGGUGGUGGGCGGCUGGGCGUGGGAGAAGUGGGUGCAGAGGUGUGCGGUGCUGACGGGGGGCGAGGCGGGUGUGGAAGGCGUGGCGGACGUGCUGGAGGAGGGGAGGGCGUGUGGUGCCGGGUGGAGGACCGUUAGUGGAUGGGGAAGGAAACCGCUGUAG